UGGGGAACUGACUGAACUGUAUUUUACCUUUGGACAGAUUUUACAGAGAUGAUGAGAGCCUUGGGAUACCCUCGCCAUAUCUCUAUGGAAAACUUUCGCACACCAAAUUUUGGACUUGUGUCUGAAGUGCUGCUUUGGCUUGUGAAACGGUAUGAACCUCAGACCGACAUCCCUUCCGAUGUUGAGACUGAACAAGACCGAGUUUUCUUCAUUAAGGCAAUUGCCCAGUUCCUGGCCACCAAGGCACAUAUAAAACUCAAUACUAAGAAGCUUUAUCAGGCAGAUGGGUAUGCAGUGAAAGAGCUUUUGAAGAUCACCUCUGUCCUUUAUAACGCCAUGAAGACCAAAGGGAUGGAGGGCUCUAAGAUAGGAGAGGAGGACAUCAGCAAAUUCAAGUUUGAUCUUGGCUCAAAGAUUGCAGAUUUGAAAGCAGCCAGGCAGCUUGCUUCUGAAAUCACCUCCAAAGGAGCAUCUCUGUAUGACCUGCUGGGCAAGGAGGUAGAGUUGAGGGAACUGAGAACAGAAGCAAUUGCCAGACCUCUGGAAAUAAAUGAGACAGAAAAAGUGAUGAGAAUUGCAAUAAAAGAUAUUUUGGUAAGAUUUAUUUGCUUUUAUUUAAUGUUUUUACAGACGCCCAAGGGAACCUGUACCAUAUGGAGGCUCAGCUUGCUCGCCUUCAUGGAGAAGCUGCAGGCAUAA